AUGCGCCUGUUGAUCUGUGUGCUAUCUGCGCUGAUUUCAUGCGGGGAUGGGAACGGGACUGGAGAGUUCACUUCUGCCGGACAGUCUCUGCAUAUCAAUGACAGGAACUUUUCAAACCGGGAUCACAUGAAACAAGAGGCUUUUCAGCACCGACAACGAGCUCUCGAUGCCUUGUCAGAUUCUGCUUUUGACCUAAAGGUCCAGGUUAACAACGUGCUGAGUCGUCAGUACCUGAGCCAGGCGGCGGUGGAGGUCUACAUCAACUACACAAGGACCAACACCGCUCUAACUGGGGAGGAUGGCAGUGUUUUGCUCCAUGUACCUUACCAAACUGGGAUGCCAAUCACAAUUGUGGCCAGCAAGGAUGGCUACAUUUGCACACUGCUGCCUUGUAAAACCAACAGAAUGCCAAUAUUUUCGUCCGUGACCAUGUCUCUACUUGGCCUGAAUCCGGGGAACAUCUGGCUCUUCGAUGAUUCUGUCCUGAUCACUGGCAAAAUUGCAGAUGCUGCUGCACAGCCUUUUGUCCAGUUUCCCAAGAGCCUGCUGAAUCUGACAGACAGCAGUAAUGCCACCUCGUUUAAAGCCUACCUGACCAUCCCCAAGCUGCCGUCAAAGGAGGAAAGCUUUCUUCACACGUUGGGCAUCAUGAGCAGUAAAUCAGGAUACGUCAGUGUGGAGUUGAGUCCGGUGGCGGCUGUCAGUGUGCAGCUUUUCUCAGGAGACACGGAGCUCCAUGUGAGUGGGCCAAUACAGAUCAGCCUCAGCAUUCCAGACAGCUGUGGACUUCAGGCUUCCAAUGUGGUUCCAGCGUGGUUCCUUAACCGGACCACUGGUGGAUGGAUGAGAAAGGGGCUCGGGAAGGUGGUGUCAGUAGAAGGGAAACUCAUGUGGACAUUCACGGCACCUCACCUUGGUUACUGGAUUGCAGCACCUUUGUCAUCCACCAGAGGUUUCUUCGGACUUGCCAUCCUCAUCUCACACCAUUCAUCUCUCCUGAUGUUUGUCCUUGGAGGAAUGCUUGUUACUGUCACCUGUCUCCUGGUUGGGUUAUUGUUCUAUUGCAGACGUUCACUGAGAGAAACUAAAACAAAGAUCCAAUCAGUGAUGAGAAAAGACCAAACCACCUCAACAUGUGACUGUCAAGUCUUCGAAGUAUCUUCAGCGGAGGGUGGAAUGAACCAUUCAUUAGCAGAAAGGGGGGAUGAUCGGCACAAUGCCACUGUUAUUUCUAUGCACAACGCCGAUGUAAUAGCCAACCCCAAUGCUGUGACCAUCAGGGUUGGGCGUAAUGAAAUGGGGCAAAACACUGACCUGAACGAUCUGAUGGGUUUGAACGAACCCACAGAUCUGAUCAGAGCUCCGGCCUCUCUUACAGAUAAUUUGUUUUUCUACAACCAGCCUGUUGCCAUUUUUCAUGCUCCUGCAUUCUUCCACUUGGAGGAGCAGCUGGAGCAGGAUCAGUGGAGCAGGUCGUCCACUCUUCCCUGCGCUGGGUCUGCAGCUGAGCCGCCGAGUCAAGACACCUACACUAAGACUCUGCCAAAAGGUCCCUCUGCCACCCAGGACCAGGCAGAGGAAAAUGAGGACCAGCUCGGGGUUCUAGAGGGCUCUGAGGCUGCAACUUCAAGCAGCACAUCCAGGGGUCACUUCACCCUUACGGAGUCAGCGUCAGUCCCAGGGACGUUGAAUAAAAUAAGGGCCAGUGGCAGACACUCGGUGCACACCUUGGCAGAACUUUCUAAAAUCCCCUCAACCCAGCCUCCUCGAGCCUGGUUUGUGUCACUGGAGGGUAAACCAUUAGCUGAGAUCCAUUACGCUGUGUCAGAGCAGCAGAGGCGGCGAAGGCCAGUCGAGAGGCGUGAAACCAGCUUAGACUCUGGAGUGGAUAUGAGCGAACUGAACCAGACGCCUGGAAGGAGGGCCGUAACUCUGGAGCGUAAUGCCACUUUUGUCAAAAGCAGUAAACAUGCACCUCCACAAUAAAAGCCCUUAACACCUCCAUGCCUAACGCCCCCUGAGUUUGUAUGAACAGCAUCGGUUCUAUGUGUGACACAAGAUUUUACUUCUUAUUGCUUCAUGUUUUUCAUCAAUGUUAAGGCGCUAAUCCAAGUUGUGGGUAGAAGCCCAUUUCUACCAUCGGAUUCCACACAGACUGUGUUGUGACUGUUGUGCAUGUACAAAAGUGUGAACAGUCCAAAGCAGAGAAUGUGGAUUUAGCAGUUGUUUUUCACAAGUUUUAACAAGAAACAUAGCAAAUUUGUGUCAGAUAUAAUUUCCUACUGUUAAAUUGCAUAGUUGUCAACUAUUCCUUCAACGUGUGUAAAAAAACAGCAACGUGAUUGAGAUUAAUGAGGUCAAACACUGCCAUAUUGACCACUCUUACAUUUUUUAUCCCCCCAGAUUAACGGACA